AUGUCGAUCUUCAAAGGAACGGCCAGAGGUGGUGUAGUACAAGCACUGGCCGCAUAUUUGUGGCAGAACCGAAACGAUUUUGUAUGCCUGGUCUCGGCAGAAACGGAAAAUAACUGUGUGUGGAUGUGUUAUUCCAAAACGCAAAAUGGCAAUGUUACCUCUCGCAUAAAUGGUGAGCUCGAGCUGGUAAAGAUUAUGCGAACAAUAUCGUUCGGAGAUUCUGUGGCUCGAGUGCUGUCGGCGCUAGGUGCACCAUCGAAGGUGUUCUAUAAAUCUGAGGACAAGAUGUCGAUUCAUCGUGGAGGAUGUAAGGAGACGCUCAGUCCGCAACCUCACUUUUUCUUCAAUUACUUCUCGAUGGGAUUGGUGAGCUUGUUCACUACAUUUUUUCGACCGUCAGAUAACGAGAAGCAUUUAUGUAAUUGUGCUCAUGAUUAG